AUGUUAUCUUAUGCCCCGGGCACUUCGGUCCAGCCCUUCCGCGCGCCCUUGCACCCCCCCGCAUGUCUCUAUGUGGCUUCUUUCCUGCCUCCCGGGGGGGGCGGCUCGCCCUCCGUUUUGACGCAGUCCUCACUACCCCCGCCCCCCGUCCGCACCAGCUGGUGCCCCACCACACUGGGUGUGGCAACCCCCCGUCAUGAACCCAGAGACAACGGCAGUGCCUUCUUCGCCCUGCGGAGCUGCCAGCAGCUUCUGCAGAGUGACGCCGGCGAGUUCUUCUCCCCGGAUUACCUGUGCUCCAACCCGCCUCUGUGGUGCAACUGGACCAUCCAGGUGGACCCGGCAAAGCGGAUCCAUCUCCACCUGGAGGACCUGACCCCCUCCGACGCCUGCCACCUCAAAGAGGACCAGGUCCACCUAGACGAGCCCGUCGGACAUUUAAAUGCUCACAAAGUUCUUCAGAAGUGCUGGCGGGAGGCCAAGUACACGUCCUUGUCCAACAUUGUGUAUGUGGUGCAGCUGAUCGGGGGCUGGCCCAGCUCGCCCUACAGGGGCUUCCACGGCCGCUACCAGGCCUUUGGACCCCCGGUGGUUUACAACCCGCAGGAGGGAUUGCCACACAGGAAGUCAAAACCAUCUCCUGGAAUCCUGGACUUCAAUGAACUUGUUAACGGGGAACAGGAGGAGUCAGAGCAUUCGUCGCCGACUAGUUCUGAUCUUACGUAUGAUUAUUUUAGCCAGUCUUCAGACGGGGGGGAUCCCGAGGAGGCCGCAGACCCUGAGGCGGAUGAAAACCACCAUCCAGUCUCGGAGAACUGGUACACAGCUGUGCCGGCAUCCACACAGGGGUCCUUUAGAUCGGGAAGAGGUGCCACUAAAACCUCUUCUCGCCACUCUGACUCAGCCGUCUCUCCUGCAUCUUCACAGCAGCAAGGCGGCGGUCCGAGACCACGGGGAGCGGGCAGCCCGGCUGCUAAUGUGGCGGAAGCGAGGCUGUCCGAGGAGGAAGCGAGGCUGUCCGAGAGGCUGUCUGAGGAGGAAGAGAGGCUGUCUGAAGAAACUAGGCUGUCUGAGAGGCUGUCAGAGGAGGAAGAGAGGCUGUCUGAGAGGCUGUCUGAGGAGGAAGAGAGGCUGUCUGAGGAAGCGAGGCUGUCUGAGAGGCUGUCUGAGGAGGAAGAGAGGCUGCUGUCAGAGAGGCUGUCUGAGAGGCUGUCUGAGGAGGAAGCGAGGCUGUCUGAGGAGGAAAUUUCAAACCGGCUUCCUUUUCCCUCUGAAGCAGCAGAGCCAGCACAGACUGAGCCGACUCUUUCUCACCCCAACAUGGUGGAGCCGCUGUCGGACCACCGAGGACACGUCAACGUCAGAAAUCGCUCUGAAGUUCCACAUCUUCCCGGCGGUGAGUAUCGGACGGAUGACGAUCAACUUCACAGGAAUGUUAAAGAUCGGCUGUUUGAAGUGACUGUCGAAGUGACGUUCCUUCCGGGUGUGAAGGAGUCCUGGCACAACGUGUUCCUGUCGCUGCUGCGCUCGGUGAAACACUUGAUCAGCAAGCAGCUGAGGCGUCUGCACACGCCGCUGUCCAUGAAUACUAAAAGAUUAAAAAGCGGCCACGUCAACUCCAACCUGCACGGCCUGGCUGGCGCGGCCGUCGGUGCCGGCCAAUGGGACGCCGCGAUCUCCUCGGUGUCGGUUGCAGAUGUGAACGAGUGCGGGACCCAGAUGGUGCUGUGUGACAUCAACGCAGACUGUGUGAACCGGUUUGGUUCGUACUCGUGCCGCUGCAGACCGGGCUUCCGGGACGAGUCCCGCCUGGGGUCCGGAGGGACCGCCUGUGUUGAUGAGGCGGCUGCAGGUUGCGGCUCGGCCCAGUCGCCCGAGGCGAAGGGCGUCUACGUGCUCUUCUUCCUGCUCAGCUCGCUCCUCCUGCUGCUGCUGGCGGCGGCCGCGCUGCUGUACCACCGCCACCGCCACGGGGCCUUCCUGCUCGGUUGCCACGGCAACGGCAGCAUCAACAACAACAACAACAACCACAACAACCACCACCACAGCCGCCAUCACCACAACCACCGCCAUCAACACGACGACGACGACGCCUACUCCAGCCCCCCGGACUCUGACCUGCCCCCGCCCCCCCCGCCCGCCCGGAGCUUCAGGGAGGGGUGGCUCCCGGCGAAGGAGCGCCCCCCCACCCUGGACCUGCAGCUGCUGCGCUUCAGCCAGCUGCUGCUGCCCGACGCCUACGCGGAGCCGCAAGAAGGCGGGAAGAAGUGA